AAGAUUCUGCAGAAAAAAGACUCGGAGCUGUAUUAACAUAUUAAGGACACAAAAUCUAUUCAUGAUGUUCAGACACCAGAUGUCGCCACUGAUAAACAACAGAUGGAGGAGGCUGUACCUAACAGAGAGGUGGAUCCAGAGAAUGAAGGGGUGGAGGAGGAGGUGAAGAUGGAAGAGGACAAAGAAGAGGAAAUGGAUGAAAAUGUAGAAAAGCUGUCAUCUCAAAUAAACACAAAGGACAAACAUAGCAAGAGAAAGGAAGGAAGGAAUGAAGAAGAGAUGAAUGAAGAUCAGGAGAAGACAAAGAAAUACGAAACAGAGGGUGUUGUCAAGGAAACACUGGGGGCCUCAAGGGGACCAGAAUCUACAAUUCACACCACACUGGAGAAUCUUCACCUAAAAGUCAGGGAGGAGGCAGCAUCAGAGGCAUGGCACCGAUACGAGGCCCUGACAUCAACUCUGUCUCAGGAACUGUGUGAACAACUCAGGCUAGUGUUAGAGCCCUCACAGGCCACAAAACUCAGGUAA